AAUCUCAACACACGCAAGCGACGAGCCGAUGACCACGACAAUGUCGACAACCUAAAGACCAUUCAAUCUCCUUCGACGAGCUCAAGCCUCAAGGAUGGGCUCAAGAGGCACAGUUCCAACCUCAUGGACAGCGCCACUGAUGUCGACAACAAUGGCACUAUUGACUACGAUGAGUUCAUUGCCACCACCGUGCACAUGAGCAAGUUGGAGCGCGAGGAGCACCUGCUCACGGCCUUCACGGCUGCUCGACAAGCUCAAACAUGGUCGACGUUGGUCUCGACAACAUCAUCAGAGGAGUAUGCAGUUCUCGCUUUGCUUCUUCAGCUAGUCAUGGAUGCUCCUCGCAACCCAUUUCUCGGUGCCAGAAAUGCUACUAAAUUGAGAGAGUUCACUGCGCAAGACUAGGCCUAGGCAGUGGAGUAUUGGAGUGUGGGGGAUAGAAGUUGGGGAUCAGAGCAGAGGAUGGAGGAUUGGGAAGCAAAAAAUACGAUCGGAGGACAAGUUCUUAGAUGAAAGCAGGAUUCAGUUUAUACAAAAUAGCAUGUGUUCUCCUUCUCCCAAUGGUUAUAUGUAUUACAGAGACCCAUUCUCA